UAUAAAGCAAACAUAAGGAAAUACAAACGAACGAAAAAAAUAUAUACAAAUAUGAAGCCCAGCACUCGACGUCGCAGUUUCAAGACGAAACCCCCCAAAUCGAGUUACAAUCCGCUGGUUCGCUAUCGCCCGACGGCCUACGUGCGAAAUGGCAUUAUUGGGGGCGGUGAGGGCCCCGGCUCGAGUGGCCUGUACCAGAUCAACGACAGGGUCUAUACCACCAGCAAGAUGUUCCUGCGCGACGGCUAUAUGUAUCCCCGUCAGCCCGGCCAGCCCAUGGAUCCUCGCUAUCCCCUCGAGCUGCAUGAGUUCCCCCAGCAAUUCGGAGCUACGGGUCUGCAGUUGGUCAGUACCCCUAAGGUUCAUAUAGCCGGGGAGUAUCUGGCCAACGACCAGCAGCAGCAGCAGCAGCAACAACAUCAUCAUCAGCAACAUCAGCAGGUGCAGGAGCAACAGCAAUUGGGCAGAAGAAAGGCCGCUGCAGCCGCUGAAAUAAAUUUGGCAAAUCAGGUUUACUGGCUGGGCAAGCAAAAGUCCAGAUCCAGAUCCCGCAGUAAUAGUGUGGGCAAUCGGAGCAUUACCAGCUGCAUGGGCGGCGGCGGAGGGGGUGGCGAAAGGGAAAGGGAAAAGGAAAGGGAUCGUCCUUAUAUACGAAACGUGGACGAUCUCCUGCAAGCGCUGGGCAAAAGGGAUGGGGAUAACAAUGGCAAUCUGCUCGAAACUGCAUCCACACAUUCGUCGACAAGAAGACGCUUCAAGAAGGGUGAUCGCACCACUUGGGAAUACCACACAGUUGCUGUGACUCGGGUGCCGGGUUAUGGAUUCGGCAUUGCCGUUUCCGGUGGACGUGAUAAUCCGCACUUCGCCAACGGAGAUCCCUCGAUAGCAGUUAGCGAUGUGCUGAAAGGUGGACCCGCCGAGGAUCGAUUGCAAGUCAACGAUCGUAUAAUAUCGGUGAACGGUGUCUCCCUGGAGAACGUGGAGUAUGCGACGGCGGUGCAGGUGCUUCGGGAUAGUGGCAACACGGUUCAACUGGUGGUCAAGCGUCGCGUGCCCCUGAAUCCCAUAAAUCCUGGCGGAGCAGUGCAGCAUCAGCAUUCGCACAGCCUCAGUUCGGUGGGUCUGGUGGCCAAUGGAAGUGGAGGAGUUCCUCCAACCCCCAUUACCAACCUGAGCCAGCCCAACUCCCUCAACUCCUCGCUGGUGCAGAAUGCCAGUGGAGGGCAGCCCAUCAAGGUGACCCUGACGAAGGGCGGCAAGAAAGACGACUAUGGAGUGGCUGGCUGCAGGCUGUUCGUCAAAGAGAUCUCCUCCAAGGCCCGCGAGCAGCUGAAUGCCAAUGGUUAUAGUCUACAGGAGGGCGACAUCAUCACCCGCAUCCACAACACCAACUGCGGCGAUACGAUGAGUCUCAAGGAGGCCAAAAAGAUUAUCGAUGGCUGCAAGGAGCGAUUGAAUCUAGUGGUUCUGCGGGAUAUCACAAACCAGGCAGCUGUAAGCCAACUGAAUCUCAACAAUUCGGCCAGCCAUCAGGCGUCGGGAAACAUAUACGCCAGUCAUCAGCCUCAGGUAUCCGGAUGCAGCAGCAGUAACAACAAUCUGGAGGAUCCCUAUCUACCCGGUGGAGCCAGUUACUCCUCACAGAAUCUGUACGUUCAGCCUCCAACUCGCACCUCCAAUGGUCCGAAUAUGAAUGGCAAUGUGAAUGAGGAGAAGAGUAAUCUCACACCGCGAGGUCGCUCGGGACCUAUCAUGGAUGGAGUAUCCCUCCAGCAGCUGGACAGACCCGUGACCCCAACCAGGGGCCGAAGUGCCGGCAUCGAUGAACCGCCACGCCCACCUCCGCCAAGGGGAACGAGUGGUGGAGCUGCCCGAGAUUUCUACAGCUCCCGGAGGCAACUCUACGAGGAACGUCAGAGUGCCGAGCCAAGAUUCAUUUCCUUCCAGAAGGAGGGAAGCGUGGGCAUCCGGCUAACCGGUGGCAAUGAGGCCGGCAUCUUUGUGACUGCCGUUCAACCAGGAUCUCCAGCCUCCCUACAGGGCCUAAUGCCUGGCGAUAAGAUCCUUAAGGUCAACGACAUGGACAUGAACGGAGUGACGCGGGAGGAGGCAGUCCUCUUCCUACUGAGCCUGCAGGAUCGCAUCGAUCAUGUGCAGUACUGCAAGGAGGAGUACGACGAGGUGGUGACCAACCAACGCGGCGACUCCUUCCACAUCAAGACGCACUUCCAUUGCGAUAAUCCUUCCAAGGGCGAGAUGGCCUUCAAGGCGGGCGAUGUUUUCCGGGUGAUCGAUACCCUGCACAAUGGGGUAGUUGGAUCCUGGCAGGUGCUCAAAAUUGGUCGGGGUCACCAGGAGAUGCAGCGCGGUGUGAUACCGAACAAAUCGAGGGCCGAGGAACUGGCCACUGCCCAGUUCAAUGCCACCAAGAAGGAGAUGAAUGCCAACGAAUCGAGAGGCAAUUUCUUCAGGCGACGACGCUCAACGCACCGCCGCUCGAAGAGUCUGUCCCGCGAGAACUGGGAUGAUGUGGUCUUCUCCGACAGCAUUUCCAAAUUCCCCGCCUACGAGCGUGUCGUCCUGCGUCAUCCUGGUUUUGUACGACCUGUGGUGCUCUUUGGACCCGUUUCCGACUUGGCCCGCGAGCGAUUGGCCAAGGAUUUCCCCGACAAGUUCUCAACUCCUCUGCAGGAUGACGACAAGUCCGCGGGAACUGCUACUAGUGGAAAGUGCCGAAUUGUACGACUGUCGAACAUACGCGAUGUGAUGGAUCGGGGAAAGCAUGCCCUCUUGGAUAACCCCAAUGCGGUGGAUCGUCUCAACUACGCCCAGUUCUAUCCGGUGGUCAUCUUCCAAACGGACAGCAAGCACGUGAUCAAACAGCUGCGCCACGGACUCCCGAAGGCGGCCCACAAGAGCUCCAAGAAGCUGCUGGAGCAGUGCCAGAAACUGGAGCGCGUCUGGUCGCACAUCUUCAGCACCCAGAUCGCGUUGAGCGACGAGGAGUCCUGGUACCGAAAGUUGCGCGAUUCGAUCGAUCUGCAGCAGAGCGGCGCCGUGUGGAUGUCCGAGUCCAAGCCCGUAGAAUCCCUCUCCGACGAUUCUUUCCCCAUGACCACAUCCCGACUCUCGUAUGCAUCAAGUCCCGAAUCCGAUUUGGAACUGAGUCCGGGCCCAUCCGCAUCAUUGUCGCUUGGCAAUUUGCCGCAGUUGGUUAAAGCGAGCUCAGAUCCAUCGAUUGCCACUAAUCAGGAUAACUUGGAUAGGGAUAGAGACAUAAUUGGUGAAGGACUACCACCUCCAUAUACGGUACCCUAUGACCAUGGUGUCCCCGGGAAUCCCAAUCGCCGCCAGACCAUGGACUCCAAAUACAGCAUCUACGGCACCAAUGUGCCACCUCAGCCGCAGCCACCAGGCGGCGGAGGAGGAGGAGGAGUAGAUCCGGCUGCAGUGAGGCCGCAAUCCCUCUACGUCAAUGCCCCUGAUCUUCCGCCCCGCAUCGAUCGUCAGUCCAACGGGAGAUAUCCCCUGAACACCUCGGGUUCGUCAUCGCGAAAUGGAACCCUGGGUCGAAGUGCCCAGGAGCGUGUUGGCAAGGCUGUGGUGCAGGACGAUGUCCAGGCGGAGUACAUCACCCGAAAUGCUCUGGUCGGUGCCGGAGCAGCUGAAACCCUGGAUCGCCAGCAGCAGCAGCAGCAGCAAACUCAUGCCUCCCUGGAGCGACAGGCUCGUCUGAAUGCCCAGCUGAAGGCCAAUGGGGGAGGAGGCACCGGAGGAGGUGCAUCCACCUAUGACAGUGUGUCCAGCUACGAUUCGUACAACAAUACACAAAUGGCCAUGCAGAUGGGCCGACUGGGUCCCAAUGCACCCGACGAUCUCAAAUCAGUGCCAAAUCAAGGUGAUGGUCGCCCCUUGCCUCCGGUGGGUCAGUCACACGACUACGGCCGUACUCCCCAUGAUCAUCGCAGUUUCGGAGGACCCAACGAUCUGAACCGCCAGAGCAGUCCAGGCAGGCCGCACUAUCAUGAGAUGAAUGCGUCCCGUAAUAUUGAUCCUCGCAAUGGCACACCACAGCGUCCCUCGAAUCUGGGUUUAGAAAGCAGCCCGCGAAAGCCUUUGGUGGAGACCAAAACGGAUUACGGAAAAUACAGUCGCAACAACUCCGUCACGCAAGCGGAUUACACCAAGCUACCGAAGACGGCGCCACAUGGAGUGGUUCCACCUCCGAAUGUGCCCAAUGGUCAGAACCAGAUGAAUGGCAGCGGAACGCCCAGCAGCAAUGGCAGUGGUCCAUUUAAGCCGGUGCCACCGCCGAAACCCAAGAACUAUAGGCCACCGGUGCAAAGUGGUGGCAGCAGUGGAAGCGGUGGCACCACUCCCUGGGAGAAUGGGGACUCCGGUUCGCCACGUUCCCCCAACGGCUUCUAUUAUCCACCAACGCCCUCGCAUCAUCAUUACGGUCCGCAGGCUACUCCGGGUUCACCCAGCAAUGGACACAUGCAACCACCGCCAUCGCAGCAGCAGCAACCCACUAUGGGAAGUAAUGGCAACUACGGACAGGCUCCACCACCUCAACCAUAUCCGCAGGCCAAUGGCUACAAUGGCAACAGUCACCACUACAACGGGGGCAGUGGCACAGGACCCUAUAUAGCACCACAUCGCGGCAUGCCACCGCCAAUAGGAAACCUACCGCCUCAUACCCCUGAGCGCCAUGCCCUGGAUUUGGCUGGAAGUCGGGAGCAGCGUGGUUCGGCCUUUGAACUUUAUCGUAAACCGCAAAUCGGAGCUGCCGCCGGGCACCAUCACAACAUGAGCGAGAUGGAGCCGUACGAUGAGCGUUACGAUGAUUACUAUAACAUGCCACCUCCUGCCGCCCAUCCAUCCCAAGGGCAUCACAUGCAGAGAUCCCGCUCAGCGCCACGUUAUCCACACGAGCGGCCGCCACAGGCCCAGGAUCCCAAUUACUAUGGGCACUAUGGAAUCAGAGGUCAUAGUCAGCCACGUCAGCAGUAUCCCCAACAUCAUCAGCAGCAGCAGCCGCAACAACAGCAGUAUUACGAUGAUCAUGGCAUGGAGAUUGCUCCACCGCCACUGCCACCGCACAAGAAGAAGAAAUCGGUGCUGAAGAGCCCACUGGUGGCCCUCAAGAAUGCCCUGCUCAAGAGUACCAGGCCUCUGAGGAGGAUGAACAGCAUGGUGGAGCCGGAACGGAAGCCCAAGGGUCUGCGACGCCAGCAAUCGAUGUUGGAGAGGGGUGUGCAGAGACCCUACUAUCCGGAUGAGUAUCCCACCUAUCCGGCUGGUGGCUAUGAGGGUUCCCAUGGCGGUCAAGGCAUGGCGCCACCCCAUCCGCAGGAUCCCUACUACCAAAGAGGUGGUCACUAUCCGACGCAACAGCAGGAGAUGAUGAACAGUACCUACCAGAAUCUGGAGAGUGAGGAUAUCUGGAAUAUUGGGAACACAGUUCCUCGAAUGCCACAUCACCAGGACAAUGGUUACGGAUAUGACCAAUAUGAUCUCUAUGCGAAUCGCGCCUGCAUCGAUCUCGAGAGAAGGCAGGCUGAGGCAGCUGGCUCUGGUAGCCGGAAUGGCAGAAGGAUCGUUAGGCGUCACAGCACCACGACAGCGGAUCGAGGAGGAAAUCCAGGACCCGCGAGGAGACCCUUGAUCAGUCCCGGCUACGAACAAGAUCCCCAGGAGGUCUAUCAGACCCGCAACGGAGCCUAUAUGCUGCCCGAUCAGCGAAGGGCACCCAAUUCCGAGGUGAUGACCCGCAGGAGAUUCUAUCCGGGAGCGGCCAAUGAGCAAGCCGAGGAAGAACCCCUCUACCAAUCCCGUCGUGAAAUGCAGCGGGAAAUGCAGCGGAAUCAUCUGUACCAGUCGAAACGCGAAAUGCAGGAGAGGAUUAGCCAGGGCAAGAGGGAUAUGGAGCGGGAGUUUAGCCCCCAGAGCAGCAGCAGCCAGUCAGGCUCCAAUCCGGAGGCAAUUUACCAGAGUCGCCGGGAAGCUAAGGCCCAGCUAAGGGAUCAGAUCUAUCAGACCAGACGGGAAGCCCUGGACAGCAUGGCUGAACCGAUCUAUGUGUCCAAAAGGGAUAUGGGAAGACCGGCGCCCAUUUACGUCCGGGAGGAGAGUAUCCUCCAGUCCAGAGAGAAUGAGACAGAUGAAAAGAAGGAAGGCAAAACAGAGCAGAUCCAAGUGGAGAUCAAUGCUCAGCCAGAGGAACAGGUCGAAGAUUCCACCCUAAGCCGAUCGGAUCUGCAAUCUUCGGAUACGGUGAGAAAUCCGGCAAGGGCUCCUCUGGUUCAGGAUGAGGUAGAUGACGAGGAGGAGGAUGAGGCUCAAGAGGAUCAGGCUGGUUCUGCGGAACAGACAGAGCAUCCAACGGCUAUUGAGAAUAACCAGCACAAUGAGGGAAUGCUGGCCAGUGAAACACAAAAUGAGUCUGAUGAUGUAUUUGAGGCGGCAGAUCAGGUUCCUCCGCUGGCACCUCCGCCGGCUCCUGUACAACCCCCUACCCCUCGAUCCGGCAGAGCUCCUUCCCAUCUCGAAUAUCUAAAGCGAACAGCUCCCCCGCCGAGUUCCCCCAUCGGCGACAGCUGCACUUCCAUCGAAACCCAGUACACAUCCCAAGCCAGCCUGCCAGUGGGUCCACCCAAUGCCACCAGUACUCCGUUCAGCAGUAGCAUGUCCCUGCCCAUCGCCGGACCAGUGAAUAACGCUCCUCCGGCCAACGGAGGACCCUUUCCCACCCUGCCCCGUGAGCCCAGCACCUCCGCGUUCUUCGACUCCAACGGAGGCACUCUGGCGGAUAAGCUGUGGCACGUCUCCCUGCAAAUCCCGCCCGGAGCCAUUCCGGCUGGAGUGCGUCAGGAGAUCUACUUCACCGUGAGCGAUCCCCGGAUGGGACAAGCCGUCGGCGGCCCUCCGCUGGACAUGGAAAAUGGUGAGACAAUGCUGUCACCGCUGGUGAUGUGCGGCCCGCAGGGCCUUGAGUUCCUGGUUCCGGUUACACUCAACAUUCCGCAUUGCGCCGGACGAACUGCAUCACUGGGACUGGCCCUCAAGGCGACCGACAGCGAGAAGAACCUGCACACCGAGUGGGACAACAUCGAUCUGCCCAGCAAUGCCGCCGCCCACACAGUGUCCGUCAAGGUGGAUCACUUCUAAUCAUUAAGAUUCACAGCACUUCAUAAGCACUCAUCCCCCAACUUGAACGAUAUACGCAAUUGUAAAUAGAUCCAUAAUACCAUAAUAUAUAAAAUGGGCACCAUAAAGGCCGCAAUUCCAGGGCAAGCGAAAUGAGCUCAGCAAAGAGGUAGAGAUAGGCAUUGCUUAUAAUAUAUUUAAUUUAAUUCAAUAUUGUCUGUUAAUUGUGCCUUUGAGUGAUCGUUUGGCUCUGCCUUUGAACUAUAAUGUCGAGCUAGAAAUUAGUCAAUCGAAUGCAAAGGAUAUUUGUAUAAAGCGACUAGUUUUUAGUUUCAUAAACAAAUUAUUUUGUAUAUUUUAAAUCAACCAAUUACUAUGUAUUUUAUAUAUUUACAUAAUUUUAAUGCAUUUUAAAUGAUAUAACUAUUUGACGUUUUAUUAGAUAUUCGCAUAUUGUUUCGACCCUCGAUCCAUUUCAAUUGCAUUCAAAUUGUUAAUUGCGUGCAAGUAUUGCAUGCAUCAGUUAUUAUAUAUACCAUAAACAUUUAUAAAUCGUAGCGAUAUCCUUAGAGCCUAUACACGCGCCUGUAUAACCAGAAAGAAAAUCAUACUAUACAAAUAUUUAUACGCAUUUUUGUAUUAAAGAUUAUACACACGUGGAAAGUUUGGGAAUAAAUAAAAGAGCAACAAUAAUAA